GCAGAAAACCCCAACAAGCCAGAGCUCGUUCUCAAGCCGUCAUCCCCUCUCGUGAGCCUGGAAUACAACCCCAAAGACUCGCACGUCCUGGUGGGAGGAUGCUACAAUGGGCAGAUGGCUUACUGGGACACCAGGAAAGGGGGGCUGCCCGUGGAGGUGUCCACCGUGGAGGUCAGCCACAGGGACCCCGUGUACGGAGCCAUCUGGCUGCAGUCCAAAACGGGCACCGAGUGCUUCUCAGCCUCCACCGACGGGCAGGUCCUGUGGUGGGACAUCCGCAAGCUGUCCGAGCCCACCGAGAUGCUGGUCUUGGACAUCACCCGGCAGGGGCUCCUGGAGAACGCCCUGGGUGCUGUCGCACUGGAGUUCGAGCCCACCAUGCCCACCAAGUUCAUGGUGGGCACAGAGCAGGGCAUCGUCAUCGCCUGCAACCGCAAGGCCAAAACACCCCAGGAAAAAAUCACCGGCACCUACAGUGGCCACCACGGACCUGUCUACGCACUGGCCAGGAACCCUUUCUACACCAAAAUCUUCCUGACGGUCGGCGACUGGACUGCUCGAAUCUGGUCGGAGGAGAACAAGGAAUCAUCAAUUAUGAGCACCAAGUACCACCUCUCCUACCUGACAGACGGGUGCUGGAGCACCGUGAGGCCGGCCGUCUUCUUCACCACCAGAUCGGACGGGACCCUGGACGUCUGGGACUUCCUCUUCAAGCAGAAAGACCCCUCCCUCAGCCUGAAGAUCUGCGACGAGCCCCUCUCCAGCUUGCGCCUGCAGGACAAUGGCUGCGUCGUUGGCUGCGGCUCGAAGCUGGGCACCGUCACCCUGCUGGAAAUCUCCUCCGGGCUCUGCACCCUCCAGAGGAAUGAGAAGACCCUGGCCACCGCU